UGGCUGCUGUUAGCUGACAGUUCAUGUUCUGUAUUUGUUGAAUUUAGUUUUACAAUAAAUAAGAUUAAUAACGUUUUAAAACAAGGAUUUCCUGAUUAAAUCAAUAAACUCUGAUCUCAGAUAAAAUUGACUGACCCCCGUCUACUCAGCUUUACACACUGACUGACGGACUGACUGCUGCUUGUGUUGACAGUUUCUUUUCCAGUCUAGCACAGCCUCAGUUUUCAUCAUGGUUGGUUCCACAUGAACCAGUUCUGGUCCUGACGAUGGAUCCAGUCUGAUUGGACCCUGGUAGACUAACAGUCUGGUAGACCAGCAGAGUCAUGGAGAAGUUUGGGAUGAGUUUCGGGGGCGGGCCCAGUAGGAAGGAGCUGUUGGACACCAUCGAGUCCCAGAAAAAACAGCUGGUCCAGUACCAGACCCGCUUCAAGGAUGUGGUCCGGGCCUACAAGAGUCUUCUGAAGGAGAAGGAGGCUCUGGAGGCCAGUCUGAAGGUCCUGACGGUGACCCAGGAGGUGGACCUGAACCAGCAGGGCCAGGACAACACCGCUGGUGCUGCCGCCUCAGACCUCCCAGAGGACGGCUGCUCACUGCACAGUGAGGACAGCGAGGACACGGUGGCGUCUGUGGACAUGCCCACUGAGACCACCAGAGGGGACCAAUCAGAGGAAGACCAGGGAGAACUGGGAGGGAAAGUAAGCUCAAUGACCCUGAGGGUGGAGAGGGCGGAGCUUGAGGCCGGUGCCACAGAGAGCAGUGGUAUGGGGGCGGAGCCUCAGCAACAGGCCACAGCCCUUACAAGCGUGGAGGCGGAGCGUCGCAUCGUCCAGCUGAAGAGCCAACUGACCACGCUCACCGGCGCCCUGGCCACGGUGACACAGGAGAAGUCUCGGAUGGAGGCGAGUUUCCAGGCUGACAAGCGUCAGUUGAAGCAGGAGGUGGAGGAGCUGCGAGAACGCCUGGUCACCGUGACGACACAGCAGGAGGCGGAGCUGCACGCUCUGCAGCAGCAGCUGGCCGAGAGUCGCGCUCGCAUCAUCACGCAGCAGCACGAGAGGGAGCAGGAGCAGGGAGACCACGUCCAGCAGCUGAGGGAGCUGCAGAGGAUCCUGCAGCAGGAACGAGACCUGCGGCAGGACGCCGAGCUCCGCCUACAGGACGCCAACACCACCCUCCUGAUAACAUCACAGGCUGUAGACCGCGGGGUGGAGUCUGAGGCUCACCUUAACCAGGUGAGGGAGGAGAGAGAUGAGCUGAAGAGGAGGCUGCAGGCCGCAGAGGAAGACCAGAAGAAACCAGAUCCCAGAGUGGAUGAGCUGCAGCGGGAGCUGAGGGAGCUGAAAAACCACUUCCAGAAGCAGAUCCACAGCGAGACCAGGAAGGCCUGCGAAGCGGAGGAGCGCACUCGUGAGCGUGCUCAGGCCGCAGAGAUCCGGGUCGCAGGUCUGGAGCAGCGAGUCUCUGAGCUGUCGGAGCUGCUGGGUUCCUGUGAGAAGGCGAGGCAGCGAGACCAGCAGACCGCUCAGAGACUCCGGGACCGGAUCCUGCAGCUGGACACAGAGAACAAAACGCUUGCCAUCGCCGCCUCCAGCAGGUCGACCUCUGACCUCAGCAUAGACGAGUCGCAGCUGGAUGUGGGUGCGCUGAAGGAGAAGCUGCAGAGGGUAAAGAAGCUGCUGAUGCUGGCGGCUCAGAGGAAUCCAGACCAGAACAUCCAGGACCUCGCAGAGACCGAGGCAGAGCCGGGUGGGGACAGAGCCUCGGCGCUGGUCUACCAGCAGGAGCUGCGGCAGCUGAAGGAUGAGUUUGAGCGUUACAAGCUGCGAGCACAGGUGGUGCUGAAGAACAAGAACGCCAAAGAUGGCUGCCAGGCCAAAGAGCUGGAGGAGGUCCGGGACCAGCUGUCCGAGCUGAAGGAGAAGUACAUCAACCUGCGGAUCCAGAGCGAUGAGGCCGAGGCCCGCCGCUGCCGUGAGCUGGAGGAACGGCAGCAGGCGGUGGCGGCACUGCAGCAGAGCCACAGACAGGAGGUGGAGCGGGCGGAGGCACUGCACCGCGACGAGCUGCUGCGACUGGAGGCGGAGCUUCACAAACAGAGAGAGAGGACAAUGGCUCUGCUGGACGAGAAAGACCAGGAGCUGGAGAGGCUGCGUGCCGCCGCCGCCCUCAGCCGCAACAACGACUGCAAUGAAGCUGCUGAUGUUGAUGGCGAGCCCGGCCCUGAGAGCGAGGGUGACAUCGUCAGCCAGGCCCUGCGGCGGGUCGCCCCUGCGGAGCCAACACUGCUGUUGUACGCUGAACAGCUGGCCAGGAAGGAGGUAGAGGUGGGCGGGCUGCGGCGCCACAAACACCGGCUGGAGGAGGACCUCCACCAGCUGCAGGCCAGGCUCAUUGCCAACGGAGAGCGACAUGACGAGGAGGUGACAGAGCUGCGAGGACAACUGGACAAACUGAUCCGAGACCAGAGCAGAGAGGGUGCCAACAUGGAGUACCUGAAGAACGUCAUCUACAAGUUCCUGACGCUGCAGGACGCCAGUGGGAGGCAGCAGACGCUCACCGCCAUCCUUACCAUCCUGCACUUUAGCCCGCAGGAGAAACACCACGUCCUGAGGCUGCAGGGGGCGACAUGGUGGGCCAACAAGAGAUAAAGACACCUGAAGAAGAAACAUCACCUCCUGAACCUGAAUCCAGUCUGUCUGUAAAUCAGUGACACAUUCCCAGACUUUGAUUUCUCCUGCAGUUUGUUCACUGGCUUUGAUUCUGAACAGGUUUUACAAACAGACCUUCUUGACCCUUCUGAUGCUUUCCAACAUAAACCCCAUUACAUGAAACCAACUCACUCUGACCGGCUAGCGGUUUAUGACGGGAGCUAUAGUUUCAUUUAUCUGAUGUUUAAAUUGAUAGAAAACUUGCAGUUUGGUUCUGUUCUCCUGUAGAAACUGUAUAUUCAUAUUUAAACAUGUAUGAUUAUAUGACUGUCACUGAAUGAAAACAUUUAAAAGGUGACUUAAUGCAGUUCUUCAUAUCAUUGAUAUGUAUAUUUUGUGUAGAAAUUAAACUAUU